AUGGCCGACGGAACACUGGUGAAACCAACGGCACACUGGUCCGGGAAGAUCCAAAUAGGACACGCAGUCAUCCCAAUGGAGCUGGAAGUAUUUCCGAGUGGAGGGGGAUGGUCCUUCUUAUUCGGAAAACCAUCACUGGCAGCGGCAAAAGCGAUACACGACUACACGGCGGACGAGGUCACAAUACCAGGACAAAUGGGAAGAACGACCACAAUACUACGAAACGACAGAACUGGGCGAAGAGGAAAACAACCGAAUCCAGACAGAUCACAAUCGCGAUUCACGGGAGUCUUAUCGAGAUUCGAAAGGACAAAAGGAGAAACAAAGGAAGAUCAGGAAACGGACAAGCAGAGAGAGAACUGGAUGAAGGAGUUAGCCGAGGAGGAAAUACGAGCGGUGUCGGAAAACAUAGAAGCGGAGGGGAGAACAGAAGGAGGAAGUACGACGAACGAGAAGGAGGACAUCGGGGAAACACCACAGACGGGGACAAGCUUGGAGAGGAACAAGACGAACAUACACACAAGGGCAUCAAACCCGUUCAAAAAGGAACGCGUGGAUGAGAUAGUAAAGCUGGUAACAAUCGGCCCAGACAUCACGGAAGCGCAGAGGGAAAAGGUACGCACUUUCAUAGCGGACUACGCAGACAUGUUUGCGCUAUCAAUAGCAGAGGUCACACCGGUCGAAGGAGCAACGUACGCACCAAAGAUACCGCCGGAAACAAGGUUCAGCACCAAAGUACACCAAAAACCGAUGACGCCGCCACAGGAAGAGUACCUGCACGAACAGACAAGGAAACUAGUCGAGGCAGGAAUACUAAGACCCAUACACCCACGCGACGUGAAAUGCGUAUCGCCAAUCAAACUAGUGCAGAAAGAGCACGAGAACGGAGGCCUGUCGCACGAUGAGCUAAAGCAAGAGCUCAACGAAGCAUGCGAACAAGCAGGGCUACCAAGGCCGUACAACGUCGAACAGAAGGACAGAGAGAGGAGGGCGAAACGACCACAAAACCAGAAGUGGAGGAUAUGUCAAAACUUUCACGAGCUGAAAACACUGCUAAAAGUUGUACCAGUACCGCAAGGGGACAUACGGGACAAGCAACGUCGAUUAGCGGGACACCGGUAUGUAUCGGUAUUCGACUUUGCGUCAGGAUUCUUUGCACUACGAGUGGAUGAGAAAGCGCAGCCGUAUCUGGUCAUGUUCGUACCAGGGAUGGGAUACUACGCCUAUACACGAAUGCCGUUCGGACUGACGGAUGCACCAACGGAGUUUGGGGCAAUGUGCGCGGACAAGCUAAGUGAUCUGCUAGUAAAAGUAAUGGAACUCUUCGUGGAUGACGGAGGCACAGCAGCAGACACGUUCGAUGACAUGCUCGACAAGCUGAGGCAGAUCUUUGAUCAAAUACGCGCUGAAGGAUUAUCCCUAUCAGCGGCCAAGACAAAACUGUUCAUGACGGAAGCGGUAUUCGCGGGCGCGAUGGUCGGGCCAAAAGGACUAGCCCCGGACCCAACAAAGCUCACGGCAGUGGUCGGAUGGAAGACACCAGAAAACGCCACAAACUUGGCGGCGUUCUUAGGCCUGACAGGCUACUUCCGAGACAUCAUCAAGAACUAUGCAAGGGAAGAGGCGCCGCUUAGGAACCUACUGAAGGAGGUGCCAAUCCCAAAGAACGCCAGCAGACAGAUGUACCGCACGGCAAUGAAGAACUUCGACCUAAGACCAAGAUGGAGCAUGGAGCAUACAAGGUGUUUCUUAAAGCUCAAACAGAUGCUAAUCUCGGCCCCAGUACUACGCGCACCACUGUACGACAUCGUACAUAAGCACCCGUUCAUAGUAACGACAGACGGAAGCAAAGACGCGUUCGCAGGAGUCCUAUCACAACGGAUGGAAUCAAGAACAGCAGAAGGAAAAGUGGUCGUCAGGAGACACCCAAUCGCAUUCGUGUCAAAAAGGACCUCAACGGCAGAGGAACGGUAUCAGCCCCAUCUGCUAGAAUUCGCUUCACUGAAGUUUGCGUUAGACAAAUUCUCGAACAUUGUAUGGGGACAACCAAUAUGGCUAGAGACAGACUGCCAAGCUCUGCGCGACAUCAUCAACAACGAAAAGCUCAACGCCACGCACACAAGAUGGCUUAACGGACUGCUUGGAUACAAUAUAGUAGGCGCAGAACACAUCAAAGGCUCAACAAACGCGGUAGCAGAUGCGCUGAGCAGAGCGGCGGAAGGGACACCGAAAGAAUGGGGCGAUGGGAGCGAAUGGACGGUGUCCCCGGACUGGGAAACAAGAACGGGACUGGUGAACGAUCUAUUUGCGGUAAACACGGCUGACGAAGAGCUAGAAUGCACAGUGGUGCCGUUACCAGAAGGCACCAGCACAUUACGGAGACGCUUCGAACAGGAGCCAAUGUACCUACAGAUCGUAGAAGCAAUCACGGAGCUAGACCUGGGGAAGAGCGAAACGGACAAGAAAAGAGCAAGACACCGCGCAUCACAGUACUUCAUUGAGGCCGGCAAGCUGUGGCGCACAGGAGGGGGACCCAGAUUACGAGCGAGAUCGAGGAGAGAAUGCAUAACACGCGAAGAAGCAUACAACGAGGCAGCAAAGGCACACGCGGAAGGGGGCCACUUUCACAGAGACGCUGUAAAACUCACACUGAUGGACAAGUAUCACAGCCCGGGACUGGACGAAUCAAUUAUGCGAGCACUCACGGAUUGUGCAAAGUGCAAGGGAUUUGGACCAGCACACCUACACGCACUCAUGGAGCCAAUCACAAGAAGACGACCGUUCGAGCUGAUCGUUGGUGACUACCUAUCGAUGCCGGACGGAAAGGGCGGAUACAAGACGAUAGGGCUCUACCUUGACGUAUUCUCACAAUUCGUGUGGGGAUUCAAAUACAAAGAAUCGGGAUCGGCUAAGACAACAACGGCGGCGCUAGAACACAUCUUCGGGAAGUUCCACAGGGCGGAAGUGUUCAUGUCGGACAACGGACGACACUUCGCCAACAGAGAAGUGGAAGCACUGUGCGAAAGAAGGAAGGUCAAGUUCCAGAAGGUGGCCGCAUACGCACCGUGGAUCAACGGACUGGUCGAAGGCACAAACAAACUGCUGCUACACGUCCUAUCGAGACUAUGUGCGCCGAACGUAGGGGAAGACGAGUGGAAGUCGUCAAGAAGAGACGAGUUGCCGAGACAAUGGACGGAGCACUUCGAAAAAGCAAUAGAAACGCUGAACGACCGGAUAUUACCGGCGGUGAAGUUCUCACCACGGGAACUGAUGUUCGGGAUACAACAGGAGCCAGAAGACAAAAGGAGCGAGAGCCCCAGGGAGGCGAUACAAGAAGACGAGGCGAUACGACAUGUGGCAUACGCAGAGCAAACACGACUGGACGGAUACGCCGAGCGAGUAAAAUAUGCGCUGAGCCGGAAAGCGGCAUUCGACAAAAAAGUACUCAAGUCGAGGGCGGGGAAUGUGGUUUUCAAAGAAGGGGAGCUGGUACAGGUCUUUCGAAGCGACCUAGCGGAGACCGUGAGCAACGACAGGAAGUUGACGUGCAGAUGGACGGAGCCGCAUCGGGUGAAGGCGAGAACGCGCAACUCAUACACACUCGAAUCGGUGGAAGGGAUCCCAUUGGAUGGACACUACAACGCGAGGAGACUACGACACUAUAAACCAAGGGACAGCACGCCACUAGCAAAAGCACAAGAUGAAUAUAAGAAACGAAGAGGAGAGCAGGAGGACGACAAAAGCAUAGAGCAGACAGAAGACACGGGGAAGCAGAGAGACAAGGAGACAGCAGAGGUGGAGAGAUGGCGGAUACAAGAGGCGGAAAGGGAGCUACGGGCAAGGAGGAGCGACGAGGACGUCGCCAUUUAA